AUAGGCGUAAGUAUUUAGGAAUAGUGUGUAGAGAUAAAGGGCGAAGAUGGCUGGCGCAUUACCGCGACGAAUCAUCAAGGAAACACAGAGGCUUAUGGCUGAUCCAGUGCCUGGUAUAUCAGCUAGCCCAGAUGAUAACAAUGCCCGAUACUUCCAUGUCAUGAUCGCAGGACCACAAGAUUCGCCAUUUGCUGGUGGUGUGUUUAAGCUAGAACUAUUCUUGCCAGAGGAGUAUCCAAUGGCUGCUCCCAAGGUGCGUUUCAUGACAAAAAUCUACCAUCCCAACAUUGAUAAGCUCGGAAGGAUUUGUCUCGAUAUUUUGAAAGACAAAUGGUCUCCUGCUUUGCAAAUUCGCACUGUUCUUUUGUCAAUUCAAGCACUGCUAUCUGCGCCAAAUCCCGAAGACCCACUAGCUACUGAUGUUGCUGAGCAAUGGAAAACUAAUGAAACUGAGGCCAUUCGCACGGCAAGAGAAUGGACGCUACAAUACGCACGGGAGUAAAUCAUUCCUAUCCAAAGAUUUCAGACGGAGUGCUUAUUGAAAGGAGAGUUACGCAUUCUGUAUUUAUCGAAUAAUUGCUGGUGCACGUCUUGUUUUAUCCGUGUUUUAUGGUGAAAUUCUCAUUCAUUUAUUACUUGCAUGAUUUGAUUAUUUCAUAUAGUGUACGUUUUAUUUGCGUGCACAUAUACCUGCAUACUUUUUUUUCGGAU